GCCAGGUCCGGUGUCGGCUGCGGUCAGUGAAGCCGGAUGAGUGACGUCCUCUGCUAUCUCCGCUGCACAAGAUCAGGGACGUCCCUCAUUCAAUGCUGCUGCCGCUGUGACUAUUCUAAGGUGGCUGCGGUUGGGCUGCCAGCGGCGACCACACUGACCAGCGGCGGAUGCAGCGAAUGAUGAGUGACGUCCCUGAUGCUGUGCAGCCGGCAGAGUACGUCACUCAUCCAGCUUCACUGACCGCAGCCCGCAAGACCCGACACCGGACCUGGCCUGCCGAGCGCGGCUAAUCAGGCUCAAUCAAAUGCAGAUCUAUGGGGGAAGCCAUGGAUGCAGAGGCUCCGCCUCCUCCUCUUGUGCUCCAGGAUUUGCGCAGUUGGGUUGUUCGCCCGGAUUCAGAUCUUGUUCUCAUCAAUAAACCCCCAGGCCUCCCCACACACGGUGGCCCCUCCGUGCGCCAUAGUGUUACCUCACUGCUCCCGACGCUGUCACAGAAGCUGUUUGGAAGAGGGGAGGAGCCUCUGCGGGUGUGCCACCGCCUGGACAAGGACACCAGUGGGGCAUUACUUCUUGCGCGAAGCCACGAGGCCGCGGAGCGCAUACAGAGACUAAUGCGAGAGCGCAGGGUCCACAGGGUGUACUGGGCCGUCUGUCUGGGGGUCCCGGCCCCACUGGAGGGUAUUGUGGAUAUUCCGAUCAUGGAGAGAGAAACGUCCGGACCGCAGAGACAUUAUAAGAUGUCUCUGUGUCCUCGGUUCCGCGUCUCUUUGGACGGUUCGGUGCAGCGAUGUCGGGUCAGCAGUUCGGCACAUGAGGCGGUCACACGGUAUAGGACGCUGGGGACCUCAUCGGGGGCGGCACUACUGGAGCUACAUCCACUGACAGGAGUGAAGCACCAGUUGCGGGCCCAUCUCGCCCUCGCGUUGAACUGUCCGGUUCUUGGAGACCACAAGUAUUCGCACUGGGGUCGCCUGGCUCCGCAGAAGCUGCCGCCCCAUCUUCUCCGUGCUCUGGCCCUGUUGGGCCCUCAGACUCGCUCCCUUCUGCUCCAUCUUCAUGCCGCCCAGAUCGUGCUGCCGCCCUCUGAUGGGGGAGACCCCAUAGUGCUGCGCUGCUCUCCCCCCAAACACUUCAUGAGGACUCUCCGUAAACUGCAGCUGCGGGUCCCCAGCCUGACAGACAGCGAGGGGCCCCCGGAGGACCAGGUUAUGUAGACACCAGAGGAUUAUGGGACAAGUUUAUUAAAGUUACAGAGAGAUGGUCAAGCGUAAUAAGCCCAGAGGAAGAUGGCGGCGCUCAUCAUGAUCAGGGCGUGGACGUUCACCAGCCGCACCUGUCGGGGGUCUUCCUGGAUGUUGGGGAGGGCCGGGGCCACUUUCUCCUCGGGAUCAAAGUCACUCAGUCCUGAGGGGAGAAGAAGCGUCAGAAAAUAAAACCUAUUACAGAGUAACAAAAAUCCC